AAAAUUCUCGAGUGGCUGUGAUUAUUGAAGUUUUAUGGCAUUUAAAUUGUGUGAUGAUGCUCUGUGUUAUUUCUCGCAAUGAUGGAUGAUCCCGGAAAUCUCGUUCCAGGCUUCGGUGUAUCGCUAUAUUUUGUUGAACCCUGGGGUGGUUCAGUAGGAAGAUGGAAAAGGAGGAAUUGGUGUCGCGACCGUACGGGAAGAUCGUUUUGUCCCUGGACAAUGUUCUUUUGCCACCUGAGAAGACUGCAACUAGUCCUAGUCACGAGGAUGGGUUGGAUGAGAAGUCUGAAUUCGAACUUCGGUUUGUUGCUUGCGAACUGAUUCAAACCGCCGGAAUUUUAUUGAAAGUACCACAGGUGGCCAUGGCAUCGGGCCAGGUGUUGUUCCAGAGAUUUUAUUAUUCCAAGUCACUUGUUCGUCUUCCAAUGGAACAUACUGCAAUGGCAGCACUUUGUUUAGCAUCGAAAAUUGAAGAAGCUCCGCGACGUAUUCGAGAUAUCAUCAACGUAUUUCAUCAUAUACGACAAGUUCGUGCUGGAAAGAAAAUAAGUCCGUUGGUUCUAGACACGAAUUACAUAGCUUUGAAGAACCAAGUGAUCAAGGCGGAACGAAGAAUAUUGAAGGAGUUGGGUUUUUGCGUUCACGUGCAGCACCCGCAUAAGCUCAUCGUGACUUACCUGAAUUUGCUGGGCGCAAAGAAGAACACGCGACUGAUGCAACUCGCUUGGAACUACAUGAAUGACUCUUUGAGGAGCGACGUUUUCGUUCGGUUCACGCCGAAUGCAAUUGCGUGUGCUUGCAUUGCGCUGGCAGCGAGGAGGGAAGGUGUGCCGUUACCCAAGAACCCGAGGCCCUGGUUUGAAUUGUUCGACGUUACUACCUCGGACGUACACGACAUUAGUGUGUCGCUGCUCAAGUUGUACCGGAUUGAAAAGCCUGAUCUCGAAAAACUGGAACGUAAAGUGGCUGAUCUGGACAAGAGCUUAAAGGACGCCAAGUUGAAGGCGCGCUUGGCAGCUGGCGGCACUCUGAGUGCCGGCAACACCCCCUUGGGAGCCGGAGGCAGCGGCGCCCUAAGCCCACAAUUACCCUUUUCCAACAACGCAUCUCCGUCUACAGCCAACAAAGAAAACCGAGCUUCCUCAGUGACCGUCGUCAACGUCAUUGACGACACGAAACGUCGGAAAGAUGAACCCGUCGCUAACGGGGUCGAAGAAGUAAAGCGGCGGUCUCGGAGCAGAUCCCGGAGUCCCUCCCGCAAACGGCGCCGUCGAAGCUCAUCCGACAAGCGUCGCAAGCACCAAAACGGUGCCCGAGACUCGUCCACGUCCUCUUCCACGUCUGGCUCAAGCUCUGAAGGCGAAGACUCGCCUCGUGGCAAGAAGAAGAGCGACGGUAGUCGUCGUAAUCGCAGAAAAGAAAAGCGAAGGCAUCGAUCGCGACACCGUCAUCAUCGACGGGACCAGCAUGCGCGGAGUCGGCGACGAGUCAAGAAGGGGAAAGCGCGGUCGCAGUCGCCAAGCGUGUCGCCGAGAAGAAGAGAUGACAAAAGAGGAAGAAGUAAGACUGAUAAACGUGCCAAGUGAUGCCAGUGAUUUUGUUCGCACGAUGCCGCGUUGACAGGGUUUUCCACAAAUUUGUUUGCAUUUCCCUUUUUGUGUCUUUUAAUGAAUUGUUGCUCUUGACGACGCUAUCUCCAAUAAAUUCGAGAGCUGGCGGGAAAAGGUGACCGAACAUCUACCGUAAAAUUACCGUGUUUCCCCGGGAAUAAAAUGGGUCGUCCAGUGAUUUUCGCCCAAAAAAUUGUGCCGCUUGUUGUUAUGGCAUAAUUACUUAUAUUAAGGAUUUUAUAAGCCGACAGGAUGAAAUUAGUAUGAAAGGCAUAAACUUUUCUGCCCUUCGAACUUUCAUUUCUAGCGGAGUUAGCUUGGCACUGGCAAUUUUUACGUUUUUGAAUUUGUAUGAAUCAUUUUUAGUUCAUUAUGUUUUAUUAAUACUGUACUCCAACGGUUUUACCACGGAGUAUCGUACCUUCUGAAUUUUAUAUUUUUUAAUAUGAAACCUUCUUUCUGUUUUUAUCUUGAAAUUAUAACGAGCAAGCAGAACUCAUUUCAUUUUUGGUAUCUGAAUGUAGUUUUAAUAAGUCGUUUUUAUUUCGGCAUUACCUUCGGGGAAACAUGGUACUAUGCUCAUAUUUCGGAUUUCUUCGUUUCCGCGUGAAGUUUCGUCGGUGAUUUCGGCGGACUUCCGGUCGUGCGGUGUUCUCUGUAGCUUUCCGUGGUCGGAAGAGGCUCAUUGGAAAUACAGAUCGGCAAAGGACCGUCUGACGAGAUGAAAGCAGGGAUUUCCAUGUUCAAAUGCCGUUUGAUUUGAAAGAGCUGAGGGGGAUGAAAACGUGUGUGGGAUUAUAUUUUCUCGUCGUCGUGCGAAUUUUGGAGGAAGGUGGUUACGACAUGCUUGAAUUGGUGUUGUUUUUGAAUACAUUCAUGGGAUUUUGUAUCAAGAA